AUGCCUGGAGCUGCACCUGCCACCCUGGCACACUCGAACCUAGGCGGCGGCCUCGCGCCCCCGCCUCGUCCUCGUCCUCGUCCUCCUCCUCCUCCUCCUCCCGCGCUGUCCCUCGCGCGCGUCAACCGGCUCCUGCGCCCUCUGCGGUCCGCCCUCGGUUCCCUCUCGACCGGGCUCGCACACCAGCACGCUCUCGACCACGCCCAACACCGCCCUGCACCCUCAACUCGCCCCCGACCUCGCCUCGUCGACCCGGACUGGGCCUCGUCCCCCGUCAAGCCCCAGUCUCGCCGACGCUCGUCCAUCGCCAUCGGGCCCCAGCACCACAUCGCCGCCGCACACCACCCGACCCCGGACAGCAGCCCGUUCAAGCUCGCCGCGAGGCGUCGCCCUCCUCGUCCGGCCACCACCUACGGCUCGCGCCGUGCCCACCCUCCCCCUCCUCUUCCUGUCGCUCCAAGAUCCGCACCUCCCCCACCUGUCGACCAACCCUCGCCGCGCCGUGACGUCCGCCUCACCCAGGCCGACCUUCGCGCCCGACUCGCUCACUCCGACGCCGCCCUCCCGACCCUCGACCUUCAGCAACGCGCAGCAACCGCUCUCCGCGCCUACGCCGCCGUCCUCGAGGCCGUCUCGACGCCCUGCGUCGCGUCGCAGGGACCGCGAGAGCCGCCGUCGCUCGCCGAGGUCGCCGCAAGGACCCUCGGGUCGGGCAUCGAGGACGACUUGCGCGCGCUCGGCGCCGGUGUGUGCGCCGACGCCAACGAGGACGGCGAGGCCGCGAGCGUCGGCAUGGACCGCUCGGCGAGCGCCCACGAGAUCGAGCUCGCUGCGUCGACCGCCCAGGACGAGUGGUACGAGUCGAGCUCGCCGCACGCCGUCCGCUGGAUGCUCGGCGACCACGCGACGUCCAUCGUCAUCGACGCUCUCGAGGCGGCCGAUGCGCCGCUCGCCCUGUGGGAGUGCUGCUUCGACCUGUGCCUCACGCACGACGCCCACCCCGAGGCCUCGCGCUUCCACGCACCCGUCCUCGCCGCCCUCCUUUCGGCACCUCGCAGUCCACCACCGCCCUCGGUUCUUCCCCUCCUACGCCGCACACCCUCCCCCUCGGCCUUCCUCCACUCGGCCCUCGUACCCGUCCUCCUCGCCUCGUCCUUCUCGCAGCGCCUCUUCUACCAUCCCUCGCUGUCCCUCCCCUCGACCUCGACCUCGUCCCCUCGACGCGACGCCCCACUCUUUGCCGCUCUCCUCGUCGCGCACGGCAACGUCGCGAGCGCCAUGUUGCGCUCGAUCCGCGACCUGACGGCGUCAGCCCCGGGCGCGACCGACGUCGACCCGGUCGACCCGGACUCGGCGCGCAACAUGCAGGACGAGGUGCGCCGCAGAGUCGCAGCGCAGGCGCGUGUCGCAAUCGGGUGCGCACUGCGAGCGUGCGCACGCCCUCGAGCGGUGGGUGCCGCAGUCGACGACGGCGCCGAGGCGCUCGAGGACGUGCGCGACGCGCUCGCCGACGUCCUGCGUGCGUCGUCCGAUGCCGACGCCGGCGACGACGUCUCGCUCGAGCGCGACGAGCUUGCCGCAGCCCUCGACCGCGAUGGCGAGCUGCGCUCGGCGACGGACGACCUGCGCGCGCUCGACGCCGUGUGCGCGCUCGCGCUCUCGUUGCGUAACCCGGCGGCGGCAGGCGCGCCAUUGAGCCUCUCGAGCGCGCUCGCGAGCCUCGACGACGGCCUCGUUACCGUCGACGCGCUCGACGACGCGCUGCGGCGCUUCCUGCCGCUGCUCCUCGGCGUCGUCGGGCCUUUGUCGCACCAGGCGGUCGACGAGCGCCUACUCGACCACGUCGACGCGAGCACGCCCGGCGGCGAGGCGCUCCUCCGCACCCUGAGCACGUGCAGCGCGGCGAGCGCGGCGGCGAGGGCCGAGGCUGAGGUGCGGCUCGCGAGCGUGAGCGGGCGCGAGACCGAGGACGAGUUGGUGCACGAGUCGGAGCCGGACGAGCUGGACGACGUGGGCAGCGGCGGCGAGGGCGAGGGCGAGGACGACGCCGAGCCGACCGACUACGACGAGCCGGUCGUCAUGGUGUCGCCCGUGCGGUCCCGAGCGCAGCAGGUCCGCCGUCGUCGCCAGAUCGUCCAAUCGCCCGAGCCCGACGACGACGACGACGACGCUCUCCUCGGUCACCAGCCCGCGACGGGUCGCCGCAUCAAGACAUCGUCGCGGCUCGUCGCUGCGGGCUCGUCGCGCGGUCGCUCGCGGUCGGCGGCGGUCGAGCCAUCGGUGCGCCGAGGGCCCGGUGUACCGCGCCCUGCGGCCAUGCCGAUGCUCGCCUUCUCGGACGAGUCGAAUGCGUCGUCGGCCGAGGACGACGACGUCGACGAGGCGCGUGAGCCAGACGUACUCGUCCUCUCGCCGUCGCCCUCGACCACGCCACCACCUUCCGCACCCCGCCGCGCUCUCGCACAUGCCCGCCCUUCCACCAAAGCCUCGUCACACCCUUUCACGUCCACCCUGAUGGUCGACAGGCCCACCGUCGCGCCGACGAGCGAGGCCGACGACCUCGACCUGCUGCAGUCGGUCAAGCGGCGGCGGCACGCGGUCAAGGUGCGCGAGCCGGAGCGGGCGACGAGCGGGAGCGCGAGCGUCGUACACGACGUCGUCGAGCGGCGGCCGCACCCGAAGAAGCAGCGGCGGCUGGUCGAGCGGGGCAGGCAGCGAAGGUGGACCGGCGGCCGCGAGGAGGACGAGGAGAGCGAGGACGAGCUGGCGAUGUAGCGCCUCGGCCGAGUAAACUAUCUACCUAUC